UAGGAGGGCAUUGAGGAAGAAAGGCAGGGAGUAUCAAUGACAUCAACCAGCAGCAUCUGAGGCCGCCCGACCGACAAUGCUCCCCCGUCAAAGGGCUGAGGAGCAGCCCUGACCCGCUGCUGCGCUCGGUCCACGACAGGCAGCCACGACACACGGCGAUGUGUGCACGCAUCAUCUCCCCCACAAAGACAGCGCUUUCUCUGAGCGGAGCUGUGCUGCCACUGGAUUUACAUUCAUCCUUUCUGUUACCGGGGAAGCUUCCAGCUGCAAAUCCACCCACAUGCAUCUAGCAGACAGAGGAGAAGAAGACGGAGCACUUCCCACCAAGAGUGCCUAUCCCUGUUGAGCGAAUCCCGGCCUGUAUCUAAUCCAUCUCCAAGCAGCCCACAGUGCUUGCCAUGCCUCUGCCAAGGACAGGUGGAUUUUUGGCCCAGUCCAAGAGGCCUACCCUGGGGCUCAGCAUUAGCCCCUCCCCCCUGCAUUUGCUGCUGUUCUCAUUUAUCCUGCUGACCAACCCUUUGAGCGGUGUGUGUGGACCACUAGCUCCCCCAAAGUUCACCAAGAUUCCCACAGACCAGAUUGGAGUGUCGGGGGGUGUGGCAUCGUUCGUGUGUCAGGCCAGCGGUAAUCCCAAACCUGUCGUCUACUGGAACAAGAAGGGCAAGAAAGUCAACUCUCAGCGUAUCGAGACCAUAGAGUUUGAUGACGGUGCAGGUGCUGUGCUGCGAAUCCAACCACUCCGAGCUCCCCGGGAUGAGAACACCUACGAGUGUGUGGCACGCAACAGUGAAGGAGAGGUGUCCGUCACUGCAAAGCUUUCCAUUAUCAGAGAUGACCUCCUGCCGUUCGGCUUCCCCAGUAUAGACAUGGGUCCCCAACUUAAGGUAGUGGAACGCACGAGGACGGCCACCAUGCUGUGCGCCGCUAGUGGAAUCCCUGACCCAGAGAUUUCCUGGUUCAAAGACUUCCUGCCUGUCGACCCCAGCACCAGCCAGGGGCGCAUCAAACAGCUCCGAUCAGGAGCGUUACAGAUUGAGAACAGCGAGGAAACAGACCAAGGGAAGUACGAGUGUGUGGCCACCAACUCACAAGGUGUACGCUACUCCUCUCCCGCAAACCUAUACGUGCGAGGAGCGACAGACACAUUGCGCCGUGUGCCCCCUCGUUUCUCCAUCCUCCCCUCCAACCAUGAGAUCAUGCCAGGAGGGAGCGUCAACAUCACUUGUGUGGCUGUGGGUUCGCCCAUGCCCUACGUGAAAUGGAUGCUGGGCAGCGAGGACCUGACCCCGGAGGACGAAAUGCCGAUUGGGCGGAACGUGCUGGAACUCAACAGUGUUCGCGAGUCUGCAAACUACACCUGUGUGGCCAUGAGUAGCCUGGGUAUCCUCGAGGCCACUGCUCAGGUCUUAGUGAAGACUUUGCCAAAGCCUCCUGGCACGCCCAUCGUCACGGAAACCACCGCCACUAGUGUGACUAUCACCUGGGACUCCGGCAACCCCGACCCGGUCUCCUACUACAUCAUCCAGUACCGAGCCAAAGGGCCGGACAGCAAAUAUGAGACAGUGGACAGCAUCACCACCACCCGCUACAGCAUCGGGGGGCUGUAUCCCAACACGGAGUAUGAAAUCAGAGUGUCUGCCUUCAACAGCAUCGGUCAGGGCCCUCCCUCUGCUCGUGUGGAGGCUCGGACAGGAGAGCAGGCGCCAGCCAGUCCUCCUCGAAAUGUUCAGGCCCACAUUAUCUCUCAGAAUACUGUGAUGGUCCGAUGGGAGGAGCCAGAGGAACCCAAUGGACAGGUGAAAGGCUACCGUGUGUACUACACCAUGGACCCGUCCCGGCCAAUGAAUGAGUGGCAGAUUCACAAUGUCCAGGACAGUGUGAUCACGACCAUACAGAACCUCAUAACCUCAGAAACGUACACCAUUCAAGUCCUCGCCUUCACUUCUGUAGGAGACGGACCCUUCUCAGACCCUGUCCAUGUGAAAGUCAUGCCUGGAGUCCCAGGACAGCCGGGGAAGUUUAAAGUUGGAAGAGUGAACGACACCAGCAUCGAGUUGACCUGGGAACCCGCUUACACGAAAGAGGGAAUUGUCAACUAUGAGCUGCUCUAUAAACCGGUCAAGUUUGGCAGUUUGGAGAAGCUGACCUUCACUCCGAGAAAUUCUUACACAGUGGAGGGUCUGAAAGCAAACACCGAGUACUCCUUCUCCCUGGCUGCCAUCUCAAGCAAAGGCAUCGGUGCCUUCACCAAUGAACUGGUGCACAGGACGUCACAAGCCAAGCCCUCAGCUGCACCCAAAGGUGUUUCCUGCGAGCGUGCCAGCUCCACCUCACUGAGGGUAAGUUGGAGGCCGCCUCCAAUCGAGGGCCAGCAUGGGGAAUUGGCAAGUUAUGCGCUCAGAUAUCAGAGAGUUUCUGGGGCAGGAGGCGGAGGUCAGGACAGGGAAGUUAAGUGGCUUCCUGUCCCGGCCCAACAGGGGCAGACAGUGGUAGAGGGGCUGGAGAAAUGGAGCUGGUACAACAUCACCAUGUCAGCCUCUACUGCAGAAGGGACUGGACCUAACAGUCUGGCUGUGCUGUGCAGAACUGAUGAAGAUGUUCCUAGUGCACCCCCACGUCAGGUGGAUGUUCAGCCACUCAACUCCUCGGCUCUUCGAGCUACGUGGCGAUCGGUGUUGCCUAGGUUACAGCAAGGCCAGAUCCGAGGGUACCAGGUACAUUUCAGCCGUGCCGGGAGUGGUGAAUCGCGCAACCUCCCCUGGAUCAAAGACCUUUUAUUGGAUGAGUCUCAGAUGGAGGAGGAGGACGACUCAACCCAAUAUGAGCUGAUUUUGGGUGAUCUAAAACCAGAGACUGUGUACUCUGUCUCAGUGGCAGCAUACACCACCAAAGGGGAUGGAGCACACAGCAAGGCCAAGCUGGUGCAGACCCCAGGGAUUGUGCCUGGCCCUCCUUCCCUUUGGGUGCGUCCAGGAUCAGUUUCAUCAGUUGUGGUGCGGUGGGAUCCUCCUCUAGAACGCUCUGACUCAGGGUCUGAUAGCCAGGGGCUCCCAGUGCAAAUAGAGGGCUACCGCCUACAGUUUGGCCUGAAGAAUGCCACUUUAGACACCACAGUGGAGUUCACAAAUAGUGAGAAAAACUUCACUGUCCAAAACCUCUCCCCAGGCUCCACCUAUAUCUUUGUCCUCUCUGCAAAGAGCAAAGCAGGCUACGGUGAUGUAGUGCAGCAGGAAAUAACAGUCCCCAUGUUGCCUCCCUUGGGAUACCCCAAAAUAUCUGACAUUGUCAUUGCCACUUGCUGCUCCAUCCAGUUCUCCUGGGUGCCCCUUGCCCCAGAGGAGUCCAGUGGUAUCAUUACAGGUUAUACCAUAGCUUACAAGCAGGGCACAGAUGGCCCCAAACCAUCUUCUGAUCCUGGCCCCUCUUCCUCACCAGUCUUCCCUGCUCCCCCAUGGCUGAUCACACUACCAGCGAGUGUUUCCAGCUACACCAUCUCGGGCCUUAAUCAGAGCACAGCCUACGAGUUGCAGCUAAGAGCCCACAACAAGGCAGGGCCAGGCCCUUUCAGCCCACCUCUGUUGUACCAAACACUGGCCUUUGAAACAGAUGUCCCGAGGAAUUUUUCAGUCAAUCUGGCCACAAAGACCAGUGUUCUUUUGACUUGGGAGUUUCCUGAGAGCAGCAAUCCAUACCGCUUCACUGUGGAGUAUAAUCGACUGAAGAUGGAGGUGGACGCUCGGCUGAAAAAGGCAGUCAUUCCAAACCUUCAGCCUGACACUAGCUAUGACUUUAAGAUCACUGCUCCUGAGGGCAACAUGGGAGGCCUUCGCCACCGCAUUACGGCCAAGACCUCCCCACCAAUCACCAUCCGCCGCCCUGAAAUUGACCACACCCGUGAAACAGAGACAACGGUCACCAUAAUCCUGCCGUCGCUGGAGACUCGCAGUCCUGUCAAGAAUGUUUAUGUUGUUGUGGUUCCACUGAGGAGAGGGCGUGGCGUCAUCAGACACCUCAAGAGUCCAGAUGAAAUGGACCUAGAGGAGCUGUUAAAGGAUAUCAGUCAAAGGCAGAAGGAUUCCCGGCAGCAGAAGCAGGUGGACUUGCGCCGGGCUUACAUCACAGCCCGUUUCACACCUGCCACCCUACCAGCCUUCUUUACCCUGGGAGACCAGCUGGACUAUGGAGGCUUUGAAAAUCGAGCUCUGGAGCCUGGGCAGGAGUACGUCUUCUUCAUCCUGGCUGAGCUCAACUCCACUACCGGGAAAAUGUAUGUGGCCAGCCCGUACACAGAUCCAGUAAUUGCCCCAGAUUCAGACCCCCAGCCCUUCGACGCAGGGGAUGGUCUGAUCUGGGUGGUGGGACCUGUCCUCGCUGUGGUCUUCAUCAUCUGUAUUGUCAUCGCUAUCCUCCUUUACAAGAACAGCAAACCUGACAGCAGCAAACGCAAGGACUCCGAGCCUGGAACCAAAAGCCUUUUGAGUAAUGCCGAGAUGAUGGCCCAUCAUCCAACGGAUCCUGUGGAGAUGAGACGCAUCAACUUCCAGACUCCCGGUAUGAUGAGCCAUCCUCCCAUCCCCAUCAGUGAGCUGGCCGAGCACAUAGAGCUCCUGAAAGCAAACGACAACCUGAGACUCUCCCAGGAGUAUGAGUCAAUCGACCCAAGUCAGCAGUUCACCUGGGAACAUUCAAAUCUGGAGGUCAACAAGCCCAAAAACCGCUAUGCCAAUGUCAUAGCAUACGACCACACGAGAGUCAUCAUGGCUCCAAUUGAAGGUAUCGUGGGGAGCGACUACAUCAACGCUAACUACAUCGACGGCUACAGGAAGCAGAAUGCAUACAUUGCUACUCAAGGGCCACUGUCGGAGACAUUUGGGGACUUUUGGAGGAUGGUGUGGGAGCAGCGGUCUGCCUCUGUUGUCAUGAUGACACGCCUGGAGGAGAAGUCUCGGAUAAAGUGCGAUCAGUACUGGCCCAGCCGCGGCACAGAAACAUACGGGAUGAUCCAGGUCACCUUGCUGGACACAAUGGAGCUAGCCACUUUCUGUGUGCGCACACUCUCCCUACACAAGAGUGGCAACAGUGAGCGGAGAGAGGUGCGGCAGUUCCAGUUUACAUCCUGGCCAGAUCACGGUGUGCCAGAGUAUCCCACUCCCUUCCUCAACUUCCUCCGCAGGGUCAAAGCCUGCAACCCUCCAGAUGCUGGACCUAUCAUUACUCACUGCAGCGCUGGGGUUGGUCGCACCGGCUGUUUCAUCGUCAUCGAUGCCAUGCUGGAGCGCAUUCGACAUGAGCGCACCGUGGACAUCUACGGUCAUGUGACCCUGAUGCGUUCGCAGAGGAACUACAUGGUGCAGACGGAGGAUCAGUACAGCUUCAUUCACGAGGCCCUGCUGGAAGCUGUGGCCUGUGGGAACACCGAGGUGGCUGCCAGGAGUCUGUACUCGUACAUGCAGAAGCUGUCCAAGGUGGAGAGUGGAGAACAUGUCACUGGCAUGGAGCUGGAGUUUAAGCGACUGGCAAACACCAAAGCCCACACGUCCCGGUUUGUCACGGCCAACUUGCCUUGCAACAAAUUCAAGAACCGACUGGUCAACAUCAUGCCCUAUGAAACCACCCGCGUCUGCCUGCAGCCAAUCAGAGGCCUGGAAGGCUCUGACUACAUCAACGCCAGUUACAUAGACGGAUACAGGCAGCAGAGAGGCUACAUCGCCACCCAGGGACCACUGGCUGAGACUACAGAGGAUUUCUGGAGGAUGCUGUGGGAACACAACUCCACUAUAGUUGUCAUGCUCACUAAACUGAGAGAAAUGGGACGGGAGAAGUGCCACCAGUACUGGCCAGCCGAGCGCUCAGCCAGGUACCAGUACUUCGUCGUGGACCCUAUGGCAGAGUAUAACAUGCCUCAGUACAUUCUGCGGGAGUUCAAAGUCACGGAUGCCAGGGAUGGCCAAUCGCGGACAGUUCGCCAGUUCCAAUUCACCGAUUGGCCAGAGCAAGGUGUGCCCAAGUCUGGCGAGGGCUUCAUCGAUUUCAUUGGCCAAGUGCACAAAACCAAGGAGCAGUUUGGUCAGGACGGACCAAUCAGCGUUCACUGCAGUGCUGGUGUGGGCAGGACAGGUGUUUUCAUCACUCUGAGUAUUGUCCUGGAGAGGAUGCGUUACGAAGGAGCGGUGGACAUCUUCCAGACUGUCAAAAUGCUGCGGACACAGAGACCAGCCAUGGUGCAAACUGAGGAUGAGUACCAGUUCUGCUACCAGGCUGCUCUGGAAUACCUGGGUAGCUUUGACCACUAUGCAACAUAAGUGAAGCUGUCCCUCCAUCCUUUUGCUUCAACGUUCCACAAACAAAGCAACAAGUGAAUCAAAAAGAAAGACAGCCUGAAACAAACGUGAGCACUGAAACUUUUCUGGGAGCGCAAUUCAAAGACGACACGUACACCGACAAGGACAAAACGCAACAACAAAUCUAUGUCUAACAGCACUCACACUCACCAGGACCUCACCUGAGAGACUGGUGGGUGUGGAGACUAUUCAUGUAUAAUCCAUAUACUUACCUCAGUGUUCCAGUGUGAAGGACGUAUAAUACAUGUGUGUUGUGGUCAGCUAUCGCCAAUAUGAACCAGUGAAAUACAAAUGGCUUCUCAACAGGAAUUACAAUACUAUGUGUGUAUAAAAUACAAAAAAAAGAAGAUAAGAAUAACUAAAACAAAACAGGAAAGACAAAGAGCCUGGAUAUUUGCUGCACCCUAAAUGGGCUUUUUAUCCUCAACUUUGUAUUCAUUGGUUUGUUGUACUAAAGGGUACAGAGUGCAAUGGUAAACGUUUCUAUGUGUCUGUGAGUCAAAGGUGGCUACUUCUACCACAGUUAAUUCUGAUUAUAGUUUAAAAGCAGAUUACCAGGUGAUGCCUCAGCACAAGCCUGCAGUUCUGGACUCACCACACUGAGGACUGCUGGGAAAGCAUGCAGAUGCUCAUCUACCCACUGCACAGUGCCAAGAAAAACCAUGCGGCGUGAACAUGAACUGUGGCCUACAAGGAGAGAUGACUCCAUCUUUCAUGCAGCACAAUGUGAUAUCAGACAAGAGAUCGCUCGUAAACGCCGGCCAAGGAUCAGUUCCCACUCCCCAGUUGUGUCCUCCGUCUUAGCCUCAACUGGCCUGAGAUUUGUAGUCCGGUGCAUUCUUCAUUCAGCAAAGCUUGCUUGAUAUUUGCUGUAGUCCUUGUUCAUCCUCCAGCUCAGAUCCUCUUGAUGUCAGUCCCAUUGUGACAGUUUGGCAGUGGCUUGUUGAAAGUGAUGCUAAUGAAAGAGCUGAGCUUCAAUCCCUUUGUUUCACAAAUAGAAAGCAACUCUCGGCCCCUUUCUGCAGAUUGUUUGUGUGUGUGUUUUUAUUGAAUGUCUUUGCCUUUCACUGACUUCUUGUGUUCUAACAUGCUGCCUAAAGCUCAUGGGUUGGGUGUUGAACUUUUCUUUUUUUGUCGUUCAGUAUCUUGAGGAUGAAACCUGUUUCCUGAUCAUCUUUGUCUUCUAAAGCUACUUUAAUUGCAUCGUUUUGCAAUUAAAUCCCCCUGAUAUUUCACUGUCCAAGAAACAUUUUGCACAAGUGGUGAAUGACUCACUUUCAACAGUCCUCUCUCUUCUUCCCCCUCCAUAAAAGCACCGUUAAAGCUCUAUCCGUCCCUAAACUACAGUGUACAGAAUACCCCAACAUAACCAAUUGAUGUUUCCUCUCUGUCUCCUCCAGUACAACAGCAAAGUCCUUGAUGUUGAUAUACAGUAUAUCUUCUUGAUUUGACAUUGUAUAAUCAUAACAUGGUAACUGAAGAGCACAGCAAUGUUCCAGUGAAUCAGACAUCUUGGGCGAGUUCACAAUUUUGUACAUACCGUCUAUCAUUGGAGUCCUAAUACAGUACAAUUACAUACGUCUGAGCACAAGAUAUAAAGUGGGAUUGGAUGUGAUGUAGUUUUUAUUGUUGCAAAAAAAAAGCCUUAUUGUUAUUGUUCACUUUGUCAUAUUUAUUUCAUAUGAUUUUUUUUUCUUUUUUUAAUAUAUAAAUUUAAUUCUAUUUUGUUACUUUUUAGGUUUGUUUUUAUUUAUUUAUUUGGGAUAUCUAGCAACUAUAACCAAUAAGAUGAUGUUUACUUGUUUCUUUGGCAAGCCAAUGUAAAUGUAUAAUAUUGUCCCCGUUUGUUUUUUUAUUUUUAAUGGUUGGGUUUGGUGCUUUUUUUAUUUGCUUAUUAUCAUAAAGUAUGCCCUCUGUGUAGGGUGCUAUUUGAUACUGAUUACUGAUGUCCGACUAGUUAGCUUGAGAUGUACAUUAGAGGUGCACAUAGUUUAAGUUUACAGUGAUGCCCUCUCCCCCCCCCACCUGACCUUCGUACAGUAGCAGCAGCAGUGGUGUGGUCAUAGCAGCAGAGGUAUGGUCCUGCCCUCCGUGUUUGGUUUAAGGGCAUCAAAAAGAGAUAGGAUUUAUAGAGCAGACGUUGUUGGUGGAAAACCUCGAACUGUUGGUAUUUAGUUUGCCGGUGAGCACAUGGUAGCAAGUGUAUUUUUGAAAGAGAACGGGUAAGAAACGCCCAGCUACACGCACACACACCUCUCUCAAAGUUCUUGUUUAAAUCUGAAAAUAUUCUAAUAUAAACUUUAUGUGUGGUCCAGAAGUCUUGACAGUGUGUGACAUAAUAUAUGAAACAUGUUAUUCCUUCAAUUUCUGAUUAUUGUGUCAAGAGAAAUAUAAAAGGCGCACACAAAACAUAAUAUGAAGUGUGUUGAGGGCCAGCUGUGAUGAUGCCAUCCCCCUCACCUAUGUACCUGUUCUUUCCUUUCAAACCAUGGAUGUAGAUAUUGUAUCUUGACUUUGUAUUAAAAGCAGGAUGAUUGGAUAUACAGCACAAAGAGCUA